AUGCUGCCAGUGUGCUUGGUUAUUCUGACCAUUGGGCGUACACCAGUUGAAGAUGAUGGUAUACAGAUACUUUGUGCGGACCUUCUCCAAGCCUACCACCUGCAACAUCGCCGACUAGAAGUUACUUUGACAACUAUCGCUCAAGCAAUGAAUCCAAACUCAGACCCAAUCACCACCAUUGUUGACACUGUCAAUCUUCCUUCCAAGUGUGCUCUUCCUCGAGCUAAGGGCCUUCAUCGACUCAACCUGGCUGAUAAUAAGAGUUUUGACUGA